AUGCGUAUCGGCAUUUCUAUUCGAUCAGUCUCUACCCCUCUAGGCCAGGGCAGAGUCAAUCAGCUCGGAGGAGUGUUUAUCAAUGGCAGGCCUUACCCAAACAAUACCCGACACAAGAUAGUGGAGAUGGCCCACCAUGGCAUAAGGCCCUGUGUCAUCUCUCGCCAGCUGCGAGUGUCCCACGGCUGCGUCUCCAAAAUUCUCUGCAGGGACCAGGAGACGGGCUCCCUCCGGCCGGGGGUGAGCUCCAUCAGCCGCAUCCUGCGCAGCAAGUUUGGGAAAGGUGAGGAAGAGGAGGCCGAGCUGGAAAGGAAGGAGGUGGAGGAAGGUGACAAGAAGGCCAAGCACAGCAUUGAUGGCAUCCUCAGUGAAAGAGCACCAUCAGCACCCCAGUCUGAUGAAGGCUCUGACAUUGAUUCUGAACCAGAUUUACCUUUAAAAAGAAAGCAGCGCCGCAGCAGGACAACCUUCACAGCAGAGCAACUGGAAGAGCUGGAAAGAGCUUUUGAGAGGACACACUACCCUGAUAUUUAUACCCGGGAAGAACUUGCGCAAAGAGCCAAGCUCACGGAGGCCCGUGUCCAGGUCUGGUUUAGUAACCGCCGAGCUAGAUGGAGGAAACAGGCAGGAGCCAAUCAACUGAUGGCUUUCAACCACCUGAUCCCAGGAGGAUUUCCACCCAGUGCCAUGCCAACUUUGCCAACGUACCAGCUCUCUGAGCCCUCCUAUCAACCCACCUCCAUACCGCAAGCUGUGUCUGAUCCAAGCAGUACCGUUCAUAGACCUCAGCCUCUCCCUCCAAGCACCGUGCACCAAAGCAGCCUCCCUUCAAAUCCAGAGAGCAGCUCUGCCUAUUGCCUACCCAGCACCAGGCAUGGAUUUUCCAGCUAUACAGACAGCUUUGUGCCUCCGUCCGGGCCCUCAAAUCCCAUGAACCCUGCCAUUGGCAAUGGCCUUUCACCUCAGGUAAUGGGACUCCUGACUAACCACGGUGGUGUGCCGCACCAGCCCCAAACUGAUUAUGCCCUGUCCCCUUUAACUGGGGGCCUGGAGCCCACCACCACUGUCUCAGCCAGCUGCAGCCAGCGGCUAGAUCACAUGAAGAGCUUAGACAGCCUGCCCACAUCCCAGUCCUACUGCCCACCAACCUACAGCACCACGGGUUACAGCAUGGACCCUGUCACAGGCUACCAGUAUGGACAAUAUGGACAAAGUGCCUUUCAUUAUCUGAAGCCAGAUAUUGCAUAA